CGCACGGCAGUGAUGCACGCCGUCACAGCCUGAUAUAAGCGAAAGCAGAAUCUGCUCUUAACACGGGUCAAAGUUAUCCCGGAAUAAGGACAGCACGCAUGUGCCGUCAACCCGGAUGUAGUUUUUUUUUUUUGGUACGCCUCUGUAAGAUAUUUCACCAAGUUAUGACACUUCUGUUUUGCACAGACGAAGCUUUGCCGUGCCGAUCCGUUCCAAACCGAGUUAAACAGCCGCUGUAUGCGUGACAACGUUAUGACGUCUGUUAUAACGGGUUUUUUUUUAAGUUAGAUGUGCUCUAAAUAAAGCCGCACUUCUUUGUCCCGUAAGUUAAGAAGAUGGACUUUCGCUCCAGGAGACACGAGCGCGGCAGCAACUGGACCGACCCGGAGAUUGUAGAACUGCUCCAGCUGUGGUCCGACGAGACGGUCCAGAUGGAACUAGAGAGCUCAUUGCGCAACCAGCGCGUGUUUGACCGGAUUGCCCACGUGCUGCGAGAAAAGGGCAUCUACCGCACGGGGGACCAGUGCCGGGAGAAAAUCAAGAAGAUGAAGCUCGAGUACCGCCGCAUCAAGGAGAACCUCAAGAUGAGAUCCUGGAAGUUCUACGACGUGAUGGACAGGGUGAUGGCCAACAGACCGGCCGUUAGCUACGCCUCCCUGGGCGGAGCUGUUGUAGCUCAGCAGCAGCAGGUGUUACAAAGUCCCGGUGGACCCGACCCCUUCCUGCAGGGAGGACCGCAUGGUUCUGCUUGUACAGUAGGAGGGUUCCUGUUUGGACCGCCCCCCAAAACGACCGACCCACUGGAUAUAAAAUGUGAAGAUGCUGAUGAGGGCGUGUUGAACUCUGGUGUUGCGCCCCCGGAGAUGUUCUACGGCUCUGGCGAUGAUCAGGAGACUGAUGGACAGUCUGUCCUGGCCACGGAGGACACACUGGGACGAGGAGACAGCACCGCCAACACCACAAUCUCACCUUCAGGUUUUAGUGACCUGAACAUUGCCGGCUCUGCCACAGCUGCCACCCCGACUACCGGUGGUCCUACACCGCAGAAUGCAGUUGAGGAGCCCAACGAGGGCUCUCAUUCCUCAAUCGCCGUGAGAAAGAGGAAACGUUGCCGGGCGAGCAAAGCAUCAUGGGCCCAUGGGGGUUCAAGAUGUGGCGGCCAGAGUUGCCUGGAUAAAGCUCUUGUUAGCUUCCUCAACUGGCAGCAGUCGGCGGAGGAGCGCCUCCUCUCGUUGGAGGAGGCUCGGCUGGAGAGGGAAUUUCAGGCCGAGGAGCGCCGAGAGCAGAGGGACGAGAGACGGGCGGAACAGGAGCGGCAGCACGAGCUUCGCAUGUUCAGCAUGCUCACGGGAGCAUUAGUCGCUGUCAGACAGGGCGCCGUGACCGCGGCGACAGCUCCACCUGACCCCUCUGUCUCACCUCCAGCUCAUCUGUCGGCUUCGCAGACAAGUGCAGCCGCCCCCUCUGUCUCAUCAUCUUUAUCUCAGCCACCGUCAGGAGCUCCCGCUGCACAGGCUUCUUACACCGCGGAGACAACAGAGUCACCGCCACCUACACGUGUCACGGCCUGCAAAACAUCUGGGGAGGUUAAGGGCAAGUCUGCUGAAACCCCUAAACAUAGCAUGUACCUGUCCAACAGGGGCAACCACUAUCUACAGCGUCACAACAUUCUCAACGAGGGCUUCUACAAAUAUUUUGCAGACAAACACCAUGAGACAGAAAACCCUAAGGGCGUGGUCAACAUGGGUACAAGUGAGAACAAACUCUGCUUUGAUCUUCUUCACAAGCGGCUGACCAAGCCUGACAUGUUUCACAUUGAUCCAUCCUUGUUGGAGUAUGCAGACUGGAAAGGACAGCCAUUCCUGAGAGAGGUGACUGCAAAGUUCCUGUCUCACUAUUGCCGUUCUCCGAGGCCCCUGAAAGCAGAGAAUGUUGUGAUGACAAAUGGCUGUGCCUCCCUUCUGUGUGCUAUUUCGGCAGUAAUUUGCGACCCUAAAGAUGCCAUUUUAAUUCCUACACCUUUCUACGGUACUAUUACUGAUGAUGUUGACCUAUACAGUGACGUAAAACUGUUUCAUGUACCUCUUGACUGUGAGGUCAACAGUGAAGACAGAAGACCCUUCAAUCUCACAGUACUCAAACUAGAAGAAGGACUAAAAAGGGCAAAGCAAGAGGGGUUUGUCAUCCGAGGUGUUAUACUGAUAAACCCCCACAAUCCCUUGGCUGAGAUCUACACUCCUGAGGAGAUGAUUGCAUUCUUGGAGUUUGCCAAAAGGAAUGAGCUCCACGCUAUCAUUAAUGAGGUGUACAUGCUGUCCAUUUUUGAUGAAUCGGUCACAUUUCACAAUGUCCUCAGUAUAAACAGUUUGCCUGACCCACGUAGGACUCAUGUACUGUGGGGGCUGAGUAAGGACUUUGCAAUGUCUGGAAUGAGAAUCGGUGUUCUGUAUACUGAAAACGAAGAUGUUGUGGAAGCUUUGAGCACGCUGGGUGUGUUGCACGGUAUUUCUGGACCCAGCCAGCACCAGGCAGCACAACUGCUUCAGGAUAGAGACUGGAUCAGCAAAGAAUUUUUGCCUGAAAACAGACGGCGGCUGAAAGCUGCACACACCUACGUGACGGGAGAGCUGAGGAUUAUGGGUAUCCCCUACCUGGACAGACCUGCUGCAUUAUAUGUCUGGGCUGAUUUCAGAAAGUACCUCAGAGAGUCGUCAUUUGAGGAGGAGUUGUCUAUGUGGAGGCGUUUCCUCCGACACAAGGUGUUGCUGAGCUGUGGCCAGGCCUUCUUCUGUUCCACUCCAGGCUGGUUCCGCAUUGUGUUCUCAGAUCAACAGCACCGCCUACAGCUCGGACUAAAGCGAAUCGGGGAGGCUUUGAAAGAAAUUGAAGCAGAAAAUGCCGGCACUGAUUUAGACUACAUCAAAGACGCCUCUGAGGACACCAAGGAGUCAGUGAAAGAGGAACGUGGGGAUUCAGACAAUGCCGCGAUUGUCAAUUCAACACCAUCACCACAGAGCAAGUCAUCGGACCGGCUGGGGGAGAAGAGCGUCCCCGUUCCUGACACAGCCUCGCCAGCCAAUGACGACUGCCAAGCGUCUAAUCCGACAGAGAGUUUGGAGUCUCUGAUUGGCACUCUGAGGCACCAGAUCCAAUCCUCAGAUUGGUUGGAGAAAAACACACCAGAACUGUCUGCUGGGGAGGACCCAGAGAUUCUCGAUGUGUUCAAAGCCCUGCUGCAACGAGCCAGAAAGUAAACGGGAGAUAAACAGCCGCAAAGCAAGCUGCCAAAUGUCUGGAGGCGGUGCUUAAACCCCCCCCCCCCCCACACACACCCCCGUCCCAGCACGUCUGUGUUUGUGGUGAACGGCUUCCCACAAACACAAGCAACAUCAAAACUGGUAUUGUCUGAUGUAUCAUGACUAGCGCGCUGUACAGUGCACAGCAGUGGAAGUCUCGUCGAUCAGCACAAGAUCAAUUACUCAGUCGUUUGUGUAGGAGGAGAACCAAAGUUUAAGUGAUUCCAACUUCUGAAAUGUUAAGAUUCCUUUAUUUUCUCGCUUUGCUAUUAUUAGAAAUGAAAGCGAAACUAAGUGACGUGUUCUGGGUGGCCUCUAGGAAAUCAACUAUUUUGCUGAUUGUAUAUCUAAUCAGAUUGAUUGAUUUAAAAAAAUUAUAUAUCAAAAGCCACAGCUCUAAAUGUCAUGUUGAGGAAGGCAGGACAGAAUAACAGGACAAAGUCUGCCAUAUUUUUGAUUUCAUCAAAAACAAAAUCAGUUCUGUUGUAUUCAGAAAGAUUUUACGUUGAUAUGAAUCAUAUGCCUUUUUUGUGCACAUGCACUUUUUAUGUGAAUUUGUCUCAUUUUGUGCCCAUUAAUCAGAUGAUGUAUUGUCAUAUCUCCAGUUUGUUAUGUUUUAAUUAAAGUGGCUCAUAAGAAGUCGGUGAUGAAAGUCUUGAAGCUCUUUUCAUGGUUUCAUUGUUUGUGCUGAGAGAUGUUACACUCGAAAUGUGGUGUAUUUGGGCUUAAAGAUGUCAAAUAUAAUUGAUAGAUUAGGAGAAACCGGGGCACGGUGAAUCACGGGGCACAGUGAAUCAGUAUCUAUAUCUGCAAAACUACAUAUUUAUAUUUGCAGCAGUUAUGCCAUAUUUUUAUGCAUAAAGACAUCCCCCUUUUAAAUUAGUGGUUUGUUUUUGGAUACUUUAAGGGUAAAACUAAGUGGCAA